CGAGUGGGGCGGGCGAUGUCGCGGGCGUGACGUCAUCGCGAGGCGCCGCGCGCGGCCGCCGGGAGGCCUGACCUCUCAGGCAUGGGGAGCGGCGCGGCUAUGCUGCUGCUGUGCCGGGCCGGGGCGCGGGCCUGGCUCCGGUCCCCGGGCUGCCGGGGCCUGAGCGCGCUGGCGGAAGAGGCGGUGAAGCUGGCGGAGAAGUCAGAGCCGGUGGCGAGCGGGGGUCCCCAGGAGCCCGUGCUGCGCAGAUGCGAGCUCCCGGUCGUCGCGCCCCGGCGCCCGGUGCAGGCCUGGGUCGAGUCCCUGCGGGGCUACGAGCAGGAGCGCGUGGGGCUGACCGAGCUGCACCCGGACGUUUUCGCCGCGGCGCCCAGGCUGGACAUCCUGCACCAGGUGGCCAUCUGGCAAAAGAACUUCAAGAGAAUUAGCUACGCCAAGACCAAGACCAGGGCCGAGGUGCGGGGUGGCGGCCGGAAGCCCUGGCCACAGAAGGGCAGCGGGCGCGCAAGACAUGGCAGCAUCCGCUCCCCGAUCUGGCGAGGCGGGGGCAUUGCCCACGGCCCCCGGGGCCCCACGAGCUACUACUACAUGCUCCCCAUGAAGGUGCGCGUGCAGGGCCUCAAGGUGGCGCUGAGCGUCAAGCUGGCCCAGGACGACCUGCACGUGGUGGACUCGCUGGAGCUGCCGAGCGCAGAGCCGCAGUACCUGGCGGAGCUGGCCCGCUACCGCCGCUGGGGGGACUCCGUGCUGCUGGUGGACCUAGAGCACGAGGACAUGCCCCCCAGCAUCGUGGCUGCCACCUCCUGCCUCAAGACCUUCAACCUGGUGCCAGCGAUCGGCCUCAACGUGCACAGCAUGCUGAAGCACCAGACCCUGGUCCUCACCCUGCGCACCGUGGCCUUCCUGGAGGACAAGCUGCUCUGGCACGACUCGCGCUACACGGCCCUCUACCCCUUCCGCCUGCCCUACCGCGACUUCCCCUGAGCCGCGGCCAGCAACGCCCUGCUCCUCCAAUGCCCUGGGAGGCCCCCUCAUCCCCGGGGGAGGCUGAGGCCACCCAUAGAGUGGCCGAGCUCGUGUCACCCUGGGAAGGGGUGAUUCGGCAGAGAGCCCGACCUAUCUCCUGGCCCAGUCCUCCCUUUUUUGGUUUUAAGAGCAAUUGUAUUUUGUAAUCAGAGAGGCGGGAGAAACAGCCCAGCUCCGGGCCAUUUGGUGAAUAAUGGCAUUUGGCCCGGUGCUGGGUGCCGCUGGGGACCUCUAUCCUCAGGGAUGACCUCAGCACUGUUUAUAGAAACAGCUCAGGAUCCAGGUCCCUGGAGUGAGCCAGACUCCGGAGGGCAGAGGAGCGGGGGCGUCCGCCGUUCCUCAGAACCGCUCCCGGCCCCUCUCUGUUCCCGAGGGCCCUCCUCCUGCCCUCUCGUCGCCGACGAGCUCUGCAGUCCCAUUUGUUAGGGUCCUUCAGUGGGAGAGUGCGGGCUCCCUCCCACAAGACCAGUGCCAUGUGCAGACUGGAGCUUUGUCAGAUGAUUUCUCUUAAGCAAGAGUCAGAAAAGCAAUUGUGUCAAUGAGUGAAUGAAUAAACACAUUUUUAAAAACACAA